AAUUUUGACGAACGUAAAAAUCAAUGUCAAUUUCUAAAUGAAUUUGCGGGCGGUAUCGAUUGUUCUAAUUAUAUUUUAUAACCAUUUUUGUCACUCUUCUCGAAUUGUUCCGAAGUGGAAACAUAAAACUCAUGGAUACCAAAGUCCGAUAAACAUAAUCACAUCGGAAGCAAUAGAAGCGCCACUACCAGACAUUCGAAUCGAUACAUUGAAUGACAUAACAAAUACAUCAACGUUUUUCGAAAAUGAUGGACCUGGCCAUACAAUCAAACUGUCCUCGGAUGCGACAUACACGUUAUCAGGUGGUCCAUUGCCUGAUGUGUACGAAUUUGAAGAAAUGCAUUUUCAUUUCGAACGGGAAUGGAAAGGCGGUGGUAGCGAACACAAAAUUGAUGGAAAAUCAUUCGAUAUGGAAGUUCAUUUCGUAUUUUUUAAACGGAAUUUAAAAACAUUCAAAACAGCAGCGCACAAUUCCAACGGUUUAGCUGUUAUUGCCGUUCUGUACAGCUUUGAUGUCGAAGACAAUGAUGAAAUAGAUUUUUCUAUCGUUGAACAGGCAGCUCAAUUCAGAGGCAAUUUUAUUUUCGAUGAUUUUUUACCUCUCAACAUACCACUAACAAAAGAUUACUUCACUUACGAUGGAUCAUUGACAACACCACCAUACUCGGAAAAUGUCAAAUGGAUUGUGUUUCGAGAUCCGUUGCACGUAAGACGUGUAAAUUUUCCGUUCGAAAGCAGCCGCCGAGGAGUACAAAGUGUCGGCAACCGUUCGGUUUACCUGAUAAGACGCACGUUUAAGAAACCUAUUAAAACUUAAACGAAAUAAAAUGUAAUUGAUCUCUAACUUUACGUUUGGUUAUUCA